CCCUUUUCAAAUUGGGGGGAAAAUGCUUGUAAAAUCUGGUAUUCAGUUUCCAAUCACUCUCUUUUCUUCAUCAUUCCGUACAAGUAAGAUUUGUAUGAGAAAAAUGAGUACUAAGGAUAUGACGACAUCUAUGGCUACGGCCACGGCCACUGCCACGGCCACAUAUACACCGGUUUACCCUAAGUUUAUUCCAGUGGAGCAAAAAGAAAUUAUGUCGGUUAGUAAGCCUGAUGGCCUCAAAUUUCGACUGGUUUCUUAUAAUAUUCUUGCUCAGGCAUAUGUAAAAAGUUCUGUAUUCCCACACUCUCCGUCACCAUGUCUCAAGUGGAAAGCUCGUUCGUCAAUAAUUAUUGAUGUUCUCAAGAAUCUUGAUGCUGAUAUCUUAUGCUUACAGGAAUUAGAUGAGUAUGACAAGUUUUACAAAGAAAAAAUUGAGCAGAAUGGUUACUCGAGCAUCUACAUCAAGAGAACCGGGAGAAAACUUGAUGGAUGUGGGAUUUUCUACAAGCACAACAAAUUGGAGUUGAUCUCAGAGAAAAAAAUCGACUAUAAUGACCUUGCUAACAUGGUUUUAGAAGAAUCAUCACAUGUGGAGCAACAAAAGGCUCCUGCUACCAAUAAUGUUAUCAGAGUAAAAUGCCUUCCAAGUGACCGUGGAGACCCUAAUGAUCCAUAUGUACGUUUGAAACGUGAUUGUGUUGGAAUUAUGGCUGCAUUCAAGUUCAAAAAGCCUCAUCAACAUUAUGUCAUUGUGGCAAACACACAUAUUUACUGGGACCCAGAAUGGGCUGAUGUCAAGCUUGCACAAGCGAAAUAUUUACUCUCAUGUGUAGAUAACUUCAAGAGAAUGGUAUCAGAAAGGUUUGAGUGCUCACCAUCUGUACUUAUUGCGGGGGAUUUCAAUUCAGUUCCUGGUGAUAAGGUAUACCAAUACCUUGUUUCAGGUGGUCCAAUGGCAGCACCUUCACCAGAACAUUCAGAAGACUUGCCAAUGCCCUUAUGCAGUGUUCAUGCUUACACACGGGGUGAACCCCCGUUUACAAACUGUACACCUGGUUUCACCGGCACACUGGAUUACAUUUUAUUCUCUCCUUCUGAUAGCGUUGAACCAGUUAGUUACCUUGAGCUUCCAGAACUAGGAUCACCUGAUUUAGAAGGAGGAUUGCCAAAUUUUUACCAUCCAAGUGAUCAUCUGCCCAUAGGUGCCGAGUUUGUGGUUGUCUAAUUCUCUUUAUGUCCAUUACUAUUUUUGUUGAUUAGAUUAUAAUUCUUAUAGUGGUAUCAGUCAGAGUUGAUUACACAAUUUUUUGGAUUAAAAGUCAAGAGUACUUAGUUCAUUGUUUUAUGUUGAUUUUGUUAAAAGACUUUCAAUAGUUAAUAAUGAGUGUAGGAGAAAGAUGCAUCUGCAGAAGUUGACUCUGUCUUCGGAUAAAUGGGUGUACCAUUAUGUGAAUUUCUUUUUGGUA